AUGUCAUCAUUCAACGGUCGUCCACGACAUCAAUUAACAGAUUCGUAUCGUCAGCCAAAUAUAUUUAUUAGUGAAAGAUCCGUCGGUUCCAACACAGGAUCAUCAUCGAUUUUCUUACAACAACAACCAAUGAAUCAAGUUGCUUCAUCUAAUUCAUCCUUGAUCGAAUCCUGUCAACAUUCAAAUAUGAAAAAAGAAGAAGAAGAUCUAAUGGAAACUAUCGAACGAUUAAUUCAUAUAUUUCUAUCUCGACCUGGUCGACGUCAGCCACAUAAGAGUUUCUUUCGUUGGACCGUCAAUUGUGGUGCUAUACCCUCUUAUCACAUCAUGCUUACCAUUGAUCAAGAUUCUCCGUCAUUGUCAUAA